CACACACCCGGAAGUCAUGUUCAUUCAUUCUGCCGGUUGCUGGUUGCUUCAAGUUGUAUCGCAUCCCAUGGUAACACUCUCUUCUGGACGCACGAGAGAUGUUGCUGCUGGUGCUGGCCGCCCUCCUCCUGCUCUUCUGCACUCUGGAUGUUUGGUAUUUCCUGCGGGGGGUCCAUGUGUUCAUCGAGGCGACGUUCCAACCCAGAGUCAGGGACCUGCUGGCUGAGCAAAGCAUCGACGGCAUGGUCCUUCCUCAUGAUUUGGACUACAUGGGCCACAUGAACAACUCCCGAUAUCUCAGGGAGUGUGACUUUGCCCGCUUCCACCAUUACAUGCGAAACGGGCUGUUCAUGGCCUCACGCAAACUGGGGGCCAGAAUGGUGGUAGGGGCCUCCACCAUCCGGUACCGGCGCUCCCUGGCCUUCCGUGAGGCUUUUGAGAUUCGGACCAAAAUAGUGGGAUGGGACGAGAAGGCGUUUUACGUGGAGCAGCGCUUUGUGUCCAAGAGAGAUGGCUUCGUCUCUGCCAUCAUGCUCUGCAGGCAGAACGUGGUGCACUGCAGCCCGGAGAGCAUCAUCGAGUUUGUCUGCAAAAAGAAGAUCGAAUGCCCAGUGUUUCCAGAAGAGCUCCAACACUGGAUCAGCUUCAUCACAGCCAGCAGCCAGGCCCUGAGAGCGGAGAGCGGACUGGAGGAGAAGAACAAGUGAAGCCCCACACCAUGUAUCAUGAGCGUAGCCCCUCAUAUAAUUUGCAUUGCACGCACAUAUAUACAGUAUACAUACAUGCACACACACAGUUAAUCAUCGUAGAGAUAUUUUAUUUGGCCUACACGAUUACAGUGAUCUCUGUUCUGGGUCCAUCUUUCCUGCUGUUUAUUUUUCUAUGAUGUGACCAGAACAUCUGAACUUAUGAAAACUUGAACUGUAAGAUAUUCCAUGUUUUAAAAUGCACCAUAUGCAUUGGGAUGAUAUUAAAAGUUCUCUCAGAAAAAAACUAGCUUUAUUUAUUGCAGCUUAUAGACUGGCUUGAGACAUCUUCAUUCUCAUGUUAGCAAAAGUUAUCUAACUUCAGAUAAGCAUGUACAACUCAAUUUAAUCUUCCACUGACAUAAAUGCAUGUUUCAAAACAACUAGAGGAUUUAUUUUGUGCCUGUUUUUUCUUGAUUAGCACUAGUUUACAGUUACAAUUGCAGAGAAGUAUACCUUUUUACAAAAAAAAACAUAGGUGUGAUGAAAUACUUGAAUGGACGUUAUGAACAUGUACUGAAAAUGGUUUUACUCUUUCCAUCAGCACUUUGCACAAUGUAACCCGAGGGAGUGGACAACAAUCUGAAAGGGAAUAUUUGACUUUGAAGGAUAAUUGUAAUCAGCACAGUAGAGUUAUUUUACUGAAUGUAUGAUACAUGCAUUUAAAGGGUGGGUUCUUGAUUGGAAUUGUAUAAAACUAGGGGAAAUGCUUAAAUGGAAAUAAGCAGUCAUAAUAAGCAAAUGCUAAUGGAAAACCUGAAACGCACAAGAAACAAAGAUGUUAGGGUAAUGCUUGCUUGGCCUUUUAAAAUUGGGAACCUUUAUUUUAAUGAAACUAAGCUUUAUUUUGUGACCAAAGUAAUGUAUUGUUCUGUAUGAAGAUAAAAUAUUUUUCAAAGAUGUAUGUCUUACCUGAUAUUUAUGUUGUUGAUGCACUGAAAAUCCUGCUUAAUUUAUUUAAGUUUAAAGAUAUUCAUUGAACUUUUAUUUUCCACUUAUAUUAUGUAUGAUCUAUUGAAAUGGGUUAAUGUACCACACUUUAUUUAUUGUGUUUGCUAAUUAUUUGAAAACAUUUUAAAUUAAAAAUGCAUUGGAAAAA